CUUUCCUUUACUGGCUGUAAAUCUGUUCGCCGCCUGCAAUACCAUCUCUGCGAGAUCCAACACUCAUCACAAACGCCGAUCGAAAGGAUUUGAUAUCUUUUCGAGACGAUGGCAACAGCCUUUUCAUCACCCCGAGAUGAAAUAGAACUAAACAACACUGAUCCUUCUCCACCCGCCAACUCCAAGUGCAAUGUCUGUCAAAAGCCGGCGUCGUUUAUGUGCUCAUCUUGCGGAUUGAAUGGUCCAAGGUACUGCUCAAUCGACUGUCAGACACAAGGAUGGAGGGAAGGUCAUUAUAGGUUGUGCAAAGGAAACGAACAAGCAAGGGCGACCGCAAGGAGUAGAACACCCAAUACACAGACCGAUAAUACGGCCGACACAGCGGCGACUGACGUUGACGACGAUACUUCGCUAUCUAGAGUGCAGACGAGGAAUUCUGGAAUCUCAAGAUUUGGAGCAGCACAAAUCAUCAAUUCUAGACAACGCCGAGCAUCACAGACAGCAGCCAAUAACCAGGACGGUAAUAUACCAAUGGUAGAACUACAGGCUGGAGAGACAGCUACCGACGCUCAGCUAGAUGAAGAGGAGUAUGCUGACGAGCUGCGAUUCUAUAUCCGUCAAAUUUACCUGGUCAUUCAGCCAGUAGUUAUUUGCAUCAUCCUAAGUAUCUUUUGGGUGAAGGUCUCAUUCAGUGGUACUAGCGAUUACGCUCCAGUUAGACCGUCUUAUUCCAUUGGUAGUUCUUCUGCAUCGACUACUACAGGCACCAGUUCUUCAUCCAGUGUCGUCAGCUCACUUACAACGGCCCUGGUCAUCGUUGGGCAAAUUGUUGUUGUAACUGUUGCCAUUGUAUUUUUCUUCCGGAAAGGAUGGAUUAAGGUUCUAAUUGGCUUUUUCAUGAUCGUUGUGUUGGGAUUGUUAGGUUUUAUGACCUAUCUACUUCUCUUAAAUUUGAUUCAAGUUUUCUUCAUCCCACUGGAUUACAUUACUAUGGUAUUUGCAUUAUGGAACUUUGCUGUCGUCGGAUUGAUCUCCAUUUUUUGGAAGGGUCCCUUGUGGUUGCAGCAAGCGUACCUCACCAUCAUGAGCUCCUUAAUGGCAUUUUCUCUAACCGGCUUGGAGGAGUGGACAACUUGGAUGUUGCUUGGACUGUUGGCUAUUUGGGAUCUGAUAGCGGUAUUAUGUCCUUUUGGGCCGUUACGAUUGCUCAUUGAAAGUUCGCGAACUCAGCAACGUGAGGUGCCAGCAUUAUUGUAUUCCGUCAAUGCUGUAUGGUUUAUGGCCUCCAUGGAAGAUCACUUCCGAAUUUCGAGAUCGUUUCUUCCUCAGAAUGGACAUGUAAUCGGUACAAAUUGGAUAUUUGGUGGUUCAAGUCGAAAUAGCUCAGCAUCAAACUUACAAGAGCUUCAAGCGCAAGUAAAUCGAUCAAACGCACAUACACCUGAGCCAGUGGCAGACACUAGUACCAACACUCAGUUUGGCCAGGCUCGUUCUGAAUCUCCUGAACCUCUGAAGGAAGCACAUACGAUCCAUAAUUGGAGACACAGCUCAGGGCCACAAGGUGCAGUCAUCCGUGGCCCUCAAGAUGGAAAUGGCUUCACUCGUCUCCGUGGUGAGAGUGUCAAUACCAUCGAAAUAAAUUCGACGGAUCAUCAUUUGGAAACAAACCCGACAACAACCUUAGAAACCGACACAGUUACCCCAAAUCCUCAAAGAAGCGACAGCGAUGAAACGCCGCCGGAUGAAGAAGACGCCGAACGCAGCGGCCUUAAGUUAGGUCUAGGAGACUUUGUCUUUUACAGCGUACUCAUUGCGAGAGCGGCAAUGUACGACUGGAUCACAACAGUGUGUUGUACAGUUGCAGUUCUCAUGGGUCUGACAGCUACGAUCUUCUUACUGGUACUAUGGAAAAAGGCAUUACCAGCACUGCCCAUCUCCAUUGCCCUCGGUGUCAUGUUUUACUUCGUCGCCAAGGCUGUACUGGUACCUUAUGUUGGAGCUUUGUGCGUCCUUGGCAUGGUUGCUGUAUAGAUAAUAUUUUGUGAUUUACAUUGUUUUGUUCUGAUACCCUUUGUAAUCCUAUUACUGCAUACAUUCAUUAAU